UAAGUGCAUGGCCGUUUUGCAUUUUGCUGACUAGCUUUCAUAGCAUAGCAUAGCUUGCAAUGAAAGUAUGGCUGUGGAGGGCUAUCCUUAGUACCAGAGACAUUAUUUGGUAGUAUUAACGUUAAACCUUUUAUUUACCAUUACAUCUUUGGACGAGUCCUUCACACACACAUUGGCUACUUGUGUCGGCAACGUUAGCUACUUAUCUAACAUCGCUGCCUGUCGCUCUUGUAGUUGAACUUAAACCUGAGUGUAUAACCCAAGCUUGGUAGUUAGCAAACUGGCUAGGUAACUGUUUAGUUUAGUACUUGAUGGAGGGCUAACAUUAGCUGUUUAUUCUAGGGGACCAAAACAUACAAUGCCACAUGUUAUACUUUGUUUAUGAAAAAUGUACUUCCUUCAUUGACUUCAUCACGUCACAAGUAGGGAAAUACUAGCUAACGUUAACCCAGAGACUGUAAAUCAGUCAUUUAUAAGUUAUUUACAGUCGUUGAGCAAACUGGGUGUAGAGCAGAGUAACCGACAGCUUGUAAAGCGGUAGUCUAGCUUAGCGACAGGCUACAGCGUUCUGUUUAAUAACACAUAGACUCUAAAUUGAUUUUAAAUGAGGAACAGUUCGUUUUAACUGCUAGGAUUGAUUAUCCAAGUUGCCUCUGGAAAGUCUGAUGAAUCACCUCCGUGCAUUAGGCAGGACCACAAUAGCUAGCAAGUUCAUUUUGCGUUUAUAUUUUGUUAACGAAGUUGUCAACAGCCGCAGCUGUCUCUCGUGACAGAAACUAGUAGUGACCUCAUUGAUGGUAAACGUAUGCAGUUGCUAGCUUGACCCAUUGUCACUGACAACACCCUGUGGGCUUGCUGGAGUUUAUUCCACAACACUGAAUUAUUGUCGCCUAGAUAACUGUUUUGAGUAAAUCACGAAACGGCCUUGUACACCUUACACGGCUCUCUCGCUACUCAUAAACAAAAGCUCAGUUGCACAUCAAAUAGCCCAUGCACUUCGGAUUGUCUACGGCUUAUCUUAAAAAUUGGACUUUUGCACUAACGGAUGACAUGGUCGUGAUGAGUAAAUGUCACUAUAAUAAUAUAAAGCGGCGAUACGAACGGCAACACGAGGCCUGCACACUGAAAAUGAUUCUGCAAUAAUACACAUUGAAUUAAGAUGAAGGAUAAUGUAAUUUUCUCUCGCCUGGUCAGCUGUAUUGAAAUCUCAUCACAUGUCCAAGAUGUCAUCACAGAAUAUGGGUGCAUUAGGCACUUCUGGCCAAAUGUGCGAACCUGCUUCCUCUACUUACUGGUUCAUUCGGUGUUGACCCAGCGCCUGAUUACAGGACUAUGGGUCUGAUUUUGACGUUUUUGCUUCUUUGGAUUGCGGAGACAAAUUAGCAGAGAGGAGGGUCUACUCGCAUGCGAUGGACUAAUGGCCUCUGAUAACCUUUACAUUGCCCCAGGAAUGCCCAAGGAAAAAUACGACCCACCUGACCCACGGCGGAUGUACACUAUUAUGGCGAGCGACGAAGUAGCCAAUGGGAAGAAGUCAUACUGGGCCGAGCUUGAAAUUACUGGGAGAGUGCGGAGUCUAAGUCCAGGCCUGUGGUCACUCACUCACCUCACUGCUUUGCACAUCGGCGACAACUCCUUGUCACGCAUUCCCCCAGAUAUCGCCAAGUUACACAACCUGGUAUACUUGGAUCUUUCAGCCAACAAGAUCAGGAGCCUGCCUGCUGAGCUCGGCAACAUGGUGUCUCUCAGGGAAUUGCUUUUAAAUAACAACCAGUUGCGGGUUUUGCCUUUUGAAUUGGGAAAACUGUUUCAGUUACAAACUCUGGGACUGAAAGGAAACCCUCUCACACAAGAAAUCAUGAACUUAUACCAGGAACCAGAUGGUACAAGACGGCUUUUGAACUACCUGCUUGACAAUCUGGCUAGUGCUAUCAAACGCACCCCAACAGAGCAGCCGCCAUCCAGGUCUUGGAUUGUUCUACAAGAACCCGACAGAACAAGGGCGUCAGCACUGUUCUCGGUCAUGUGCUACAACAUCCUCUGUGAUAAGUACGCUACACGGCAGCUCUACGGCUACUGUCCGUCAUGGGCCCUCAACUGGGAGUACAGGAAGAAGGCCAUCAUGCAGGAGAUUCUCAACUGCAAUGCUGACAUCAUCAGCCUUCAGGAAGUGGAGACAGAGCAGUAUUACAGCUUCUUCUUAGUGGAGCUGAAAGAACAGGGAUACGAUGGAUUCUUUAGUCCCAAGUCAAGAGCCAGAACCAUGUCUGAGUGUGACCGCAAACAUGUGGAUGGAUGUGCGAUAUUCUACAGGACAGAGAAAUUCAGUUUGGUGCAGAAGCAUACGGUGGAAUUCAACCAGCUGGCCAUGGCCAACUCCGAGGGGUCUGAAGCCAUGCUGAAUCGGGUCAUGACCAAGGACAACAUUGGUGUCGCAGCGUUGCUGGAGGUUCGCAAGGAGAUGAUGGAACUGUCAUCAGGUCAAUCCCUGAAGGGCAUGGAGAAACAGCUCCUCCUGGUGGCCAAUGCUCACAUGCACUGGGACCCGGAGUACUGUGAUGUGAAGCUGGUGCAGACAAUGAUGUUCCUGUCUGAGGUGAAGAAUAUCGUUGACAAAGCUACACGCAGUCUUAAGCUGUCCUCCGUCUCGGGUGAAACCAACUCCAUUCCUCUCGUGCUGUGUGCUGAUCUCAACUCAUUACCAGACUCGGGUGUGGUGGAGUACUUGAGUGCAGGAGGAGUGGACGGCACACACAAAGACUUCAAAGAGCUCCGAUAUAUCGACAGCCUCACCAACUUUAACUGCAAUGGCAAGAACGGGACCUCUAACGGCAGGAUCACACAUGGCUUCAAGCUGAAGAGCGCGUAUGAGAAUGAGCUGAUGCCGUACACCAACUACACCUUGGACUUCAAGGGUGUCAUUGAUUACAUCUUCUACUCCAAGCCCCAGCUGAACGUUCUGGGCAUUUUGGGCCCAUUAGACAGCCACUGGCUCCAGGAGAACAAUGUCAGUGGCUGCCCUCACCCUCACAUCCCGUCGGACCACUUCUCCCUGUUCGCACAGCUGGAGCUGGUCCUGCCUCACCUGUCGUCUCUCAACGGAGUGCAUAUGCCUUCUCGCAGGUAGUGAGUUCUCCUAGCGCAGAGGGAGCCAUUGCCACACCCCAUCCCCCUUUUUUCUUGAGACUGUAACAUGUAAAUGCACAUUCAUUUCUAAACCUAAAUCUGUUUGUCCAACAGGGAUCAUUCGAGUUUGUUGUAGUUUUCUGCAUUUAUUUACAUUCACUCUGAAAUUUGAAUGCAAAUGGUAGCAUGCUAGCAUCUCCUGCCCAGUUGACGAAUGAUCUCCUGUUUUUUUGUUUUAGUUUAUUUUUUUGUUCAUUUGUUUUGUUUUCCCAUUCAAGAUUUGAUUUACAUCAUACAUGGAUAAUAGCUGUGUGGCGAUCAACAUUUGACUUAACCCUGAAAUGGGUCCAGUACUAUUGUAGUCUUUUAAAUACAUAGUCAGACUAACAUAGAGUUGAACUAACACGCUAGCCUUAUCAGUGUCAUAGCACUGAUGUGUAUUGAUCCACUAGGAGUGGAGUGGAGUGCCAGGGAAGCAGUGGAGUCAGACCUCCAAACUUCAAAUCCCAGAAGACACCCUGACUCCUCUGUGUUUAGUGUUUUAGUCCCCAUGGGUGUGGUUCUCCACGCCACACAUGCAGCCACCAGAGUGUGUUAAGCAGACUGGGACUGAAGUAGUAAAGCAUUGUGCUAGUUUGGCAUCAAACAGGCAGAACAGGAAACUCCUAAGGUGCUAGCUGAUGACACCCAGCGCUGCUUCCUCCAACUUUUAAACCUGUGCGAUAUUUUAGCAAGCAAAUAAAAAAAAAAAUGCUGUGCACAAAUGCUUGGGGCAAAUCUAAAGACUGCAGCUGGAAUCUGGCCAGCCGUGAUGAAUCAUUUAGUUGGGCCUCAGGAGUGAUGGGCUAAGUUUCCCCCCUCAAAAUUUCAGAAGUUAAAGGAAAAUGAUAUUUCGUAUCCAAACCAAACUUGUUAAUAACAUAUAUUAAAGACCUAUUCAAAACACAGCUACCAUCCAACUUCUUGUGAAACCUUUUAGCUGUUCCUUUUUGCUCCGUACCAAACCUACUAGUGUAAGUAGAGGACUCCACUUUAGAGCAUGCCUCUAUAUGUAGAUCAUGGAGGGGGGCGUGACGGUGAUGACGACCAGCAUCCAUUCACUCUCCCAUUCUGCAGAACUGUUCUAGUAGCAGCUGCUCCCGAGGCCAUGGCCUCAGAUCUCAGAAGCAUGAGGCGCUUGGCAACCCUGUGUGUGUGUGUGUGUGUGUGUGUGUGUGUGUGUGUGUGUGUGUGUGUGUGUGUGUGUGUGUGUGUGUGUCAGUCAGUGUGUCAGUCAGUGUGUCAGGCACCCGUUACAUUCGUCACCCAGAUCUGUAGCACUGUUACUUAGGCCAGUAGCAACCCUGCCCUGAUACAAAAUCUCAUCGCCCAACUCAUGGUGGUGUUGCAGGUGUUUGUACAAAUAUAAAAAUCUAGAUUUAGUUUCAAAUGAUUGUAUAUGAAUCAAAAAAAAAAGACCAGGCUUUUUGGUGUUUUAUUUUUGUUUCACUUUUUGUAUUAACAAUAAAUUAUGAUCUGAUUUGAGAAAAGGAUUGUAUUGUAAACAAAAAAAUUACAUUUUUAUCCAGUAAAUGUUUAAAUAUACAGUUGAUGACUACCAGCUUGUACAAAAGACAAAAGAGGUUGUUUCAGAUUUUCACUGCCAUUUCGUUAUUUGCACUCUAUUAAGAUUAUUUAACCAUUAUGUUUGUGUUGUGUUUGAUUUGAUUUUUUUGAGCGCAUUGCUCAAGGUGAACAUAGUGUAGUUGACAAAUGGUCCCCCUCACCUCAUCCAUCCACUUGUAAGCCAUUUCCAGUCUCCUUUAGUGACAACAUGUACAGCCAGUUUAAAAGACACAUUAUGAGUUCAAAGGGUCUGUUCAUUAUUCUCUCCUGUGAUACCAAGUCAACAUUGUGCCUCACUGUCGGCCAUCAGUGAACCCCUGUGCAACCUCUUUUCCUUUUUAAAAAGUAAUAUUGUUCGAAUUUGUCAGAUUUGUCCUUUUUUUUUAUUUUAUUAUUUUUUGUAUUAGCUUUGACAAUGUCAUAAUGUAUAUGUAUUGUUUUCAUUGAGGUCCAGGAGUUCAGCGAUCAGGUAUAGCAUGGUGUGGUUUCUGUCUGUCUCGUACCCCCCCCCCCCCAGAGUUGAAGGGGCUUCUCUCCCACUUGAAAUGACUUCUUUUUAAUCCAAGCCUUCACUUCACUCUCAGUGUAUGUUUUAUUAUCUGCCUGCUCAUUGUUGAGAAUUUCAUUGUUUGGUUGGGGCCUCGUUAUUCAACUCUUCCAUCUCAUGUUUUUCCAUUGUGAAAGCAAGGUGUUAGAACCAAGAAUUCUCUGAAAAUGACCCUGUCAAUUUCAGUCAGCUUGUGUUGCUGUUAUUCUAGGCAGAUCUUCUGUUAAAUUCAGAACUUUUGGACCAAAAUAUGAAGCUACUCUAUGUAUGUAAAUAUUGAACACAUGUGCUAUUUAAUGACACAUUGUGUUUUUUUGUCCUAUUGUCAUAUUUGGAAUGGGAACAUGUACAUUGUAAACAUGCACUUAUGCUAGAUUUGUUUCACAGAAUUCUCUGCAUCCAAUCUGCCCUGCCAUGACUUAACUUCUCUUCUUCUACCACUCCAAAAAUAUAUUUAGGCUUUUAGUCUGUUUUUAGAAGGGUGAGGGGAGUUUGUUGAAAACAAGAAAUGGCUUAAAAUGACUAUAGGACCAUUUAUGUCCUACUUUUAUCCAUUUCUUGUGUUUUUGUUUCUAAGAAAACAGUGUCCUGUUAAAUGCAUUUAUAAUAGUAAUGUUGUAGAAGUAAGCAUAGCUUUAUGUAAAAUGUGAAUAAAAAGUGUAUCUCCUGUUUCCUUUCUACAGCAUUUUGCUAUUGUGUUUAAUGUGUAUAUCAUGAAUGAUCUGAGGAGUAUUUCUUUUUGUAUUUAAUUCAGUUUGUUGAUUUUUAUUAUGGCUCUCAAACCAAACAAUUUUUCUAUGUUUUUAAUGGGGAAAAAAAAAAAAAAGUUCAUAUAACAUCAGCACCCAACAACAUUAGUUGUAAAGAGAUCCAGCCAGCUUUGUAAAGUGUGAAAAUGUGUCUCACCUGGCCUCUGUCCUAGUUUGAUGCUGUUGUAAUAUAGGAUGUUUUUUUUGCUUUUGCUUUAAUGGUCUCAACUAUCGUAUGGGGAAAAGUAUCAAAUCGUAUGGUGGUCUGUAAAACAUUUUCACAAAUUUUAUUCUUAGCUCUUUGUAAAAGAUUCAUUUAAUUUCAAAUGGAUAUGUGGUGUGUCCAGUCAGAUUGUUGUAUCUAUUAUGGGCAAGGUUCUUUCACCAGCUCAAAACACUUCUGUGUGUAUUUAUAAAAAUGGUUAUGGAAAGAUUGCUAAAAGAGGUGAUCAUUCACCUUGACUUCAAACUGAAACAGUGCAACAGUCCCACGAUCAUAUGGAAUUCACCACAUUUUGGUGAUUAACUACUACCACGAUAAUCAGAACUGUCCAUUUUUAAAUCACGUGCAGCAGGAAAUGUCUUUUUUUUUUUUUUUUUAUCUACCAGAGGAAAGGUUUCAAAAUCAUGAAGCAUGUUUUUUUCUGAUUUUGUCUUGUUGCUUGUCCUCCUGCUGUGGGCCAUUCAUUUACUGUACACACGAUGUUCUGUGGCCAGCUGAGUGGCAUUGUGUGCUACACUGGACCAACACUUGUUUACCAUUCAUGAAAUACCAGCAAAAUGUUUUGAAAACAUUUACACAACAUUAAAAGAAUGUUAAGUUAAAACCAACCGUUUUAAAACAUGGCAGCUCUUUUUAAACAAACAAUACAAGUUGUACAGUUAAACAGAGUGGUAAACAAGGACUUUGUUUUCCUUAGCAGUUUCUUGGACUUUAUUUGAACUAGGUAUCUGUGUACAUAAAUGGGGUUGGCUUGCUUCCUCUACACCUAUGUAUUUUCCUACUAUGGUUGACAAAUAAAUGCUAUGUCUGUU